AUGGCUUCAAUUUGUGGAUCUUUCACAAUUCAUUCGACUUUGGUGGUACUCUUCACUCCACCCGAAGCCUCUAUGAAGCCGACUAUUGACGUUGUCGUCAGCCAUCAGCUGAUGAUGAGUGUGCUUAUUUGGGAAUCGACGAUGGCUGGUGGUUUGGCGGAAGUUGUGGAGGAACGAGUCCCUACUUUUGUCAACUUUCCGCAGCGGCAAAUGGACAAAUGUCCCUCCGGUUGGCAAUACUACGAUCAAACGGAUAGCUGUUACUAUGCAAGAGCCGAUUAUGAAAAAAAAAUUGAUAUGUCUUAUGAUGGCUCUUGUUCGGGAAGUUUUCCAUUCAAAGCGGGCAGUGUGCUGACUGGAGGAGUAUUCGAUGGAGCAGUUUUGAAAUAUUGGAUGGAUGGAAGCUCCACAAAUUACACGCACUUCUGUACUACAAAUCCCGAUGGGCCAAACACCUCGGUCUUGCUUCGAUCAUUGCCACCGAAUUGUGACACAGGAUGCGGUGGUGGAUUGUGGAUGGCCGGAUAUGAAGCCAUCGACACAAAUCAAGUGUAUCCAGCAUACGUUUGCAAGUCAUCGCCUUUGUGU